AUGAUGAACUCCCCAACCUUCCAAGUUGUCCCCCUUCUGCAUCAACCACCUUGCACUGUUUUGGGAAUCAGAAAUGAGGAAUCAGACAGUGGAGUCCAGUGUGCCUGGGUCUGCACAGCACAGUUCAACACAAGGAAGAAAGGUCCUGUGUCCUACAGUAUGCCUGAAUAUCUGACUGGACACUCAUCUGAGCCUGGAACUUGUGUCCGCUUAAAGCACAGAAUGGCGUUUAAUGAUUGCUUUAGUUUGAACUAUCCUGGCAACCCUCAGCCAGGUGACUUGAUUGAAGUGUUUCGUCCUGGCUAUCAACACUGGGCACUGUACUUGGGUGACGGAUAUGUUAUCAACAUAGCACCUCUAGACGAUGGCAUUUCUGCAUCGUUUACAAGCGCCAAGUCUGUAUUCAGCAGAAAGGCCUUGGUGAAGAUGCAGCUUUUAAAGGAUGUUGUGGGAAAUGACACAUACAGAAUAAACAAUAAAUACGAUGAAACAUACCCACCACUCCCCGUGGAAGAAGUCAUGCAACGGUCAGAGUUCGUUGCUGGACAGGAGGUGGAGUAUGACUUAUUUGUCAACAACUGUGAGCAUUUUGUGACUUUGCUCCGCUAUGGAGAAGGAGUUUCAGAGCAGGCCAACCGAGCAAUAAGUACCAUUGGGUUUGUGACAGCUGCCGCUGGUGCCUUCUCUCUCCUUGGCUUGUUUCCAAAAAGACUAAGAGCAAAAUACUAUUAAUUUACUGAAGAGAUAUUGGAGCUGAAGGAAUUUGU